UUAUGGUGACGUUUUACACACGGAAGUAUUGAUCAACUCGAUUAAAAAGAAAUUCUAUUUCAUAUUUUCUUCAUUUCAUGCUUUAGUUUGAAGAUUCAGAAUUAUUAAGUGCUUCCUUGUUAAUUAGCUAGUUAUGUUUACUAUCAUUUAUUAUAAAAUAAUCAUUGUAAAGUGCUCAUGAGGAACAAUAGUACACUUAUUCUUUUGCGUCCCGUCACCUUUACGAGGUCUGGCAAAUUUAUAAAGCCGAAAGCAGGUGGAUAGUCAUACUGACAGUAGUCUUGGAAGACUUACAUUUGACGGGAAUAAAUCACCAUCUGAGGUGUACAAUGUCAAGAUGAAGCUGAGAGAUCUUCUACUUGCUAUAUUGCGUGUGGCAAAUAAGGCUCGAGAUGUUGCUCGCAUCAUUCGGUCUGAACAUGCAUUGCUGGAGCUUCUUGUCCAAGAAAAAAAAGGAUUAGACAAAAAUGAGCGCUUUGUUCAAGACUUUAAGACACUUGCUGAUGUACUGAUACAACAAAUGGUAUCACAUGACAUUGCUGCAGAGUUUCCAGCUAUGGAAGGAAGCAUUUUUGGGGAAGAGAGUAACCUAUUCACUAAUACUCUUGGAGAAACCAAAAUUAUUCAAAUGUGCCCAGAGCCUGAGCAAACCAAACAACUUCUUUUAGAGAUUCUAGAUGAUAAUAAAGAAGCAGCGACACUUCUCUCAGAAGUAGUGCACAGGGAAGCAGCAGAUAUUACUCUGAGUGAGAUGCAGGACAAUGAAACAGAAAUACCAGACACUGAUGUUGGUAUUUGGAUUGACCCAAUAGACUCCACAGGUCAGUAUAUUCGUGGUCUUUUUGAGGAGCUGGAUAAGGAGGGGAUAACAGAUGGCGGACUGCAGUGUGUUGCAGUUCUUAUUGGCGCUUUUCAGAAAUCAACAGGCUUGCCAGUCUUGGGGGUAGCUGUUCAGCCGUUCUGGCAAUUAGAUCCAGAAUCAAACCAAUGGACUGCUCAAACUACAUGGGGUAUAUGUUACCAAAAUACAUACAUUGCCUCUGUUACCCAAAGUGAAAAUUCAAAUUGCUCCAAAUUACCCACAAUACUAAUGAGCACAAGUGAAUCAGAGACUGUUAAACAGGCUUUGUCUACCAAAUUUCAACUGCGCUUUACCUCUGGAGCUGGCUAUAAACUCCUAUGCACAGCACAGCGGCGAGUGCAGGCAUAUGUCCUCAGCAAGAGCAGCAUUUAUCUCUGGGAUUGUUGUGCUCCACAUGCCAUUCUACGUGCAACUGGAGGAGGUGUUGUCCGUUUUCGUGCAGCACUUGCUUAUGUUGAGUCCCAAGGAGGUGGCAACAUCUCUUUAGGUACAUUAGAAGAACUGGAAGUGAACUACUGCUCAUCCAGUUCAGCACAGAUAGUAAAAAGCAUUGAUGGAAUCAUUGCCUACAGUUGUCCAAAAGUCCUUGAAGAGGUUUUGCAAGUUCUGACAAAUAAAGAAUGAAUAUAUACAUGGGUAUUAUAGCUUUAGAAUAAAACACAGAAAAAACUGGAGUACAGCAUUGGUUCAGUAUGUAUGUUGCCAAACUGUUUUGUGCAUUUAAAAUUUUUUCUGCAUGUGUUAUUUUACAUUUGCAAUGUUGGCAACAAAAAAAUUAUUGUGGAUAGGACUGGUUUGUCCACUGUUUUAUCUCAGAUUUAUGCAUAAAAGUGCUCAUACAUUUCAAGGACAGACAGGCCACACAGUAACUUUUAAGUGCACAGAAGGUAAUGCCAGCCUUAUUGCUUACUAAUCCAAGAUGUCAUUUUGUGCUAUUAAGGCCAGGAAGUUGUUGUCUAAUGUAUAUUUGUUAUUUAUUGAAGUACACAUUUGUAAAAUUAAGAGGAACUUUUAAGACAGUACAUUUUCUACUGUGCUGUUGGUUUGCUUGCUUUUACACGAUUUCAGCUAUGAAUUGUGUUAAAGUCCUUUUUGUACACACUAUAUUGUUUCUAUGUCUCAGCCAUAAUGUGGCUAAGCUCAAUACAGUCAACUGAAAGCUAACAAUAUUUAGUCUAUCAUCUAGUCUAUAUUUUAAAAUAGUUUCAAAAUCGAAAACAUUUUCAUGUGAUGCUUAAGGUUUAGCCUUUCAUCAAAGGUGAAUAGUCACAUCAGUGAAUAAUUUUAAAGCAUUACUAGCAACGCCUGUUCAAGAUCUUCAGAAACACCAGUUUUGUCUUUUUCGUUCAUUGUUUGUAUUUUUAAUAUUUUUGUCUUUUUCGUUCAUUGUUUGUAUUUUUAAUGUGGUACUUUUAAGUGUCAGUAAAAAGUUUUAGAACUGGCUUGCAUAUAUAAUGAAUAUAUUUACUUUCUGUGUUUUUUUUUUUAUAAUAACAAUUUUAUGUCCACCUGCUUACCAAACUUCUCAUUUAAAAAUAUAUAUUGCUACAGUACAGAUUUUUUUCUUUUUUUAAAUACUGUUAAAUAUAUUAAAGCUGAUGUGAGUAAAGCUUUUUAACUUCUUACCAGUGAAGAAUAUAGGAAAUUUUGAUUAACACAUGUAUUUGCAUUAAAAAGUAUUUCGUGAACACAUUUUCACCAAAUCAGCAAUUUUGUCCAGCAUGUAUUCACACGAACACACUAAAGUGUAAAAUCAGAACAUGUUUUGAAACAGCCACACUAUGAAAGCCAGUAGAUACAUUAUACUAUUUAGCAUUUAUUAAUUGCAUUCAUACAUCUCAGUAUCAUUACACUUAGUUAUCAAUGACAUUGUGAUGCAUUGUUUAAAAAGUUCCAGUGAUCAAAAUAUGGUGAUUUAUAUCUUUGUAUCUUGUAAUUUACAAAGAUACACCAAAUACAGCUGUAUUUUGAAGUCUUGUAGUUAUACUUUGAUGACAGGGACAAAACAGUUUUCAGGAUAGAUUUUUUUUCAGAUUUAUUAAAUAUUUUUAUUUAUAAUUUUAUAUUUGAAACUUUUCUGCACUUUUUUCAACCAAGUGUGUUUCAGUAUGGAGGAUUCUGCACAUUGGAAAGAUAAAUGUCAUUUUUGUUUUAAUACCAAUAUUAAAGUAUGCAGGAUUCUGUAAAUUCAAAAUCUGUUGCAUUUAUUUAGCCUUAGACAGUCAUUGAUGUAAUAUUUUUUAAAUGAAAAGCAUUUUUAUGUAAACAACUAUGUUAUACAAACCUAAUCUAUAAAAUAGCAUGGGUCUAUAGAACACGUGGCAUUUAGCCUGUUAUAUGAGGACGUAUUUCAUUUGGUGCUUUUGAUCCCAAAUCAUUUUUUCUGAGCAAUCAGAGGUUUAUUAAAAGAUAUCUACUCUUUUAAAUAGUUUAUUUAAUCACUAGUAAGUUAAUAAAAAAAAACAUGAGAUGUUAUUAUCUUCCACUCUCUGUAUUUUUUAUUUGCUCUUUUGUGUGUGCUUGAUUUUUAACAAAUAUGUCAAUGCAUUUAUUUGCAAAAAUUUGAGAGAGAACUGAUGACCAAGUUACUUUUCUUCACAUCGUACUUGUUGACUGGUAUUUAUAGAACCUAGUAUGAUGCCGAGUUAUUUCACAGCAAGGAAAAUACUAAACAGAUAUUAAAUUAUUUAUAAAUGUUUUCUGCAUGAGAAAGUUUAAUGACUGUCAAUAUUCAUGUGGAUAUUUAUUAAGGAGAACAGCUUGUUAUUGGUUACAGAUAUAUGUAUAAAAUGUUAUAACUUAUUAUAGUUAUCAUAUCCUUGUUUUAUAUAUUAUGCUGGUUUGCCCUGAAGUCUUUUUACUCCUCUGUGCAACCAGUAAAAUGCAAAUCAAAAGGCACUCUUGCAACAGGCCUUUGUGCUGUAAAUACACCAGUAGAAAUUAUCUGAACAAUCAUUUAGUCAUUGUUGCCGUCUUUCAUGUCAUGUAACUGUUAGCCAAUGUUAAAACUGAAAGAAAUUUAACAUUUUUAGCCUUAAUGCAUAAAGGCAAAAGUUUAUGCUGUACACUAGUAGAUUAUUGAUAAAAGUACUAUGAUGCGCACCUUGUAAAUUUGAGGAAGACUUUUCAUUUCAGAUAUUCACUAAACAAAUAUGCUCGCUACAUUAUUUUAAUAGUUCAGUCUGUUUUAGUAUUUGUACAUGUGAUUUCAAAUGCAUAAUGCUAUCAUUAGAGCUCCUAGUCAUCACCUUCUGCAUAAGCCAUGUGUUGAACCUUUUUACCAUGCCACCAUUUACUGGUCCACUUAAACUAUAGAUUGUUUUGAUGGUAUAUCCCUUACAAGUCAGUUUUGGAUAAUAGUAUGUGGGAAUGUUGUUUGACAUGCUUUUAAGAUGGGGAUUGGGAAAGAUUGUGUAAGGAAGCUUGUAAUUUAUAUAUUCCUGUUUGUUUUAACCACAUUUUCUCUAGUGCUUGGAAAGAGACACUAAGAUGAUCAGUUUAACCAAGAACUUGUAUUACCUAACCCUAUACACAUCCAUGGUUUAACACACUUUAUAAUCUUACUCCUGUUUGUGAUCAUAGUGUCACUCCAAACAGUAUUUUUUUGGCAGUUCCAGAUUGCUUCAGCUCUCCCCUUUCUGUUCCAGAAAUAUGUUCCUUUAAUCCACAUUAUGGAUGUCUUAGGUGUGUGGCAGGGACAAUUUUUCUGGAUGUGAUCUCUUGAUGGAGAAAGGCACAUCACUGAUUCUCAUACAUGCAUUGAUUUCAGUUUAUACCUGUUCUGAAAUUCAGCAUAUUUGUUCUUAUCAAAACAUCAGUAGCAAAACUUGAAAAAAAAAGCACACCUCUAGCAGAAUACCCCAAAUACUCCUAAAAGGUGAUGUGACCAGUUUGAGAAUUUCCUUUUCCCUCAGAAAAUUGUUUUCUUAAGAGAAUGGUCAGAAUUUUAAUCUUAGAGGUUUUUGAAGCACAAAAUACAUACAAAAAAUUUCUAAAACUGUUUUAGUUGUGCUUUAAAAAAAAAAAAAAAAAAAAAAAGACUUGAAGGGAAAACUGAAAGGUUAUUGUUUUUGCCAAAGUGCCCUGAAAGUGUAUUGAUAUUCUAUAUUGUCUAUUCACAAUGCAGAUGUGAUAAUUUUGAACUUAAAUUCAAACUGUUAUUUUUUUGUAUGUUAGAUAAAUGUGGAAAAUACAGUGUAUUUAUUAUGUUGUGGCUGUUUGGUAAACAGUACAUCAGUUU